UGUUAAGUUGGCAUCUUUGUUAGUAACUGAAUAGUUUCAUUACAUAACCCUGUUAUUUAGUUUCGGUUCUUGGGAUUAAAAAAAUUCAACAUAAAAAUGGCAAAUAUCGUUCCAGCCUGUAGAAAUGCACUGAGACAAGUUAGAUGUUUUCAUGCAUCUGCUACGCAAAAUGCUGAAGCAAAGCUCAAAACUUUCUCCGUUUAUCGAUGGAAUCCAGAUAAACCAGAUGAAAAGCCUUAUUUACAAGAAUAUAAAGUAGAUUUGAAUACUUGUGGUCCAAUGGUAUUGGAUGCGCUUAUUAAAAUCAAAAAUGAAAUAGAUCCAUCUCUCACCUUCCGAAGAUCAUGCAGGGAAGGUAUUUGCGGAUCUUGUGCAAUGAACAUUGGUGGAACGAAUACUCUAGCAUGUAUUAGUAAAAUUGACAAAGAUAAUUUAAAUGCUGACGUGAAAAUUUAUCCACUUCCUCAUAUGUAUAUCGUUAAGGAUCUUGUACCAGAUAUGAAUAAUUUUUAUGCUCAAUAUAAAAGUAUCCAGCCUUGGUUACAGAGAACUGACAACAAAAAAGUUGGAACACAGCAGUAUUUGCAAAGCGUUGAAGACCGAAAAAAAUUGGAUGGUCUCUAUGAAUGUAUCUUAUGUGCAUGCUGCAGUACUUCUUGCCCAUCAUACUGGUGGAACGGCGAUAAAUACUUAGGACCAGCAGUAUUGAUGCAGGCUUAUCGAUGGAUCAUUGAUUCACGUGAUACAAAGACUGACGAACGUUUGAAUAAACUACGUGAUCCUUUCUCAGUUUAUCGUUGUCAUACAAUUAUGAACUGUACUCGUACUUGUCCAAAAGGUUUAAAUCCCGGUAAAGCUAUUGCAGAAAUUAAGAAGUUGCUCGGCGGUAUAAUUCAAAAGGGCAAGCCUGGAUUGAACACUACAGCUCUACAUAAUUAAUAAUUUUAAAGUACAACGAUGAUUAAGUAUUAAAUAGUCGGAUGGAAGUGUAGUCGAGAAUAACGACAAAAUGAAAUGAGGAUUGAAUUGUUUAAUCAUUCGAUUGAUUACAGAUGUAUGAUUAUGAAUAAUUAUUUAAAAGAGGUUUUGUGGUCAUUUCUCAUGUAAAUAAUAAAUAAACAUUUGUUUAUCUUCAAUUACA